CCCCAGUCACAACAGCCGAAACCCGCGCUGCCAAGCGGGAAGCGGGGAGAGACACUCAAGAAGCCGCGCGGUGUGGAUUUACCAGGGGAAACCGACAGGCACUUUGAAGAGCCGGUGCUGGCACACAGCUGCCGGAGGGUCUCCCCCAGACAUUUAGGGCGAAACACAGGCUUCGCACAAAGGCGCAUCUCUCGAGCCCAGACCCCGAGCCAGACACCCGCUCGCCGCGCUGCGGCGGCGUCCGCCCCGCCCCAGAAGCGGAAGUGCACUCGAGGUCAGGCGUGCUCCCAAGAUGGCGGCCCUCAGGGCUCCGGUGUCGGGCUGCGGGCGGCAGCUCCGGGGCUCCUCGCAGGCCCCGUCGCGGCCGGCUGGUUGAGGCUUCCAGCUCGUGGGCUGAGAGAAGUGGUGGAGAUCCAAGAAGGGAAGACAGCUGUAGAUGUGCUGCUGCUCAGUCAGUUCAUCCGGCCUCAUGGAGGCGUGCUGCCCCGCAAUGUCACAGGCUUGUGCCUGGAAGAACACCGAAAGAUUGAGGAGUGUGUAAAGAUGGCUCACCGAGCAGGUCUAUUCCCAAAUCACAGGCCACGGCUUCCAGAAGGGUCCUUACCUAAGAAUAAACCCAAACUCAACCGCUACCUGACUUGCUGGGCUCCCAGCUCUGUCAAGCCCAUCUACAAAAAAGGUCACCGUUGGAACAGUGGGUCCCCACUCCUCAAGGACAAUGUCUGCUACUCCAGGAGACCUUUGAAGCUCAUUCAUUAAUGGGAGCCCUGCAGCUGAAGACUCUGACUGGAACUUUCCACGUGACGCACUGGCUCCUCCCGCCAGAACCACCGCCCUCCACAGACUGCAUGGGGACCUUCCCGGAUCAGCCCAGCCAGUGUUGGGAGCCGCGGCAGGCAGGAGCUGGGUCUCCUGGCCUGUGGUCUUCUGACUGGCUGGGGCUGAGCUUGGUGCAAGGACAGGAGUCUAACUCAAAGAAAUGAAAUAAAGCAGGCUCUCAGCUUC